CGCAGUGGCUCCGCUUCAGUUCGCUGUAGACAUUUUCCCGGUGCGGACGUGCGUUUGGCGGUGGAAAUUGUCGAGCACGCCGAAAAAGAAAAUACCACAAUAGUUGCGCUCGUUGUAACGUUCGGUUUCUGCGGUUUUUCGGUUUAUUUUGCGGCUUCUUCUGCACUCUAAUUUCAUUAGCCGGAAAAAGGAAAGCGGGGAAAUGGCUGCGUGCAAGUAAUCCGGAUCCGCUCAAGAACGGCGAAGAGCCAAUGAACUUGCUGACAACUUGAGACGGCCACGAGGAGGGGAAUCCCCUUUGGGCGGUCAAGGAAUCGGGCCACCAUGGGCGACCUACAGGCCACCAUUGAAUUCGUCGUGGAGCUGCACAAGUUCUUCAAUGUGGAUUUGUUUCAGCGCGGACUCUACCAGGUGCGCUGUGGCCUGCGUGUUUCGCCCCGCCUACCUGUGCAGGUGGAGACGAGCAUUCCGGAAGCCAGUGGACCCGGAAAACAGAACGGACACGCCAACGGGGCCACCGACCACGGCAGCAGCGAUAGCGAGAGGGGGGAGCUGUCGCCGGGGGAAGUGCCACGCCUCCACGAGUCGCCGCCGGGGGGCAGCUGCUCAUCCGCCUCCGUUAUCAACGGCAGCGGCGCCUCGCGCAUCUUCCAGAUACUCUACCGCAACGAGGAGGUUCCGCUGCGCGACAUCAUCCACUUCAGGAGCCACCUGCUAGUUGACAGUCGUCACCUGAAGGAGUCCAUUGAACGGGCCGAGUUUUCGCUGCAGUUGGAGCUCUGGUUCGGGGAGCAGAACGGGUCGAGCAGCCUGAACGGCAAUGGAGGCGGCAGUGGGAUGGGCAGCUUCUCCGGACCCUCCAGCUCCGCCCUGACACUGGCCUCAACCAGGAACCUGCAGCUGAACUUUCAUCCGGGACGCGGCCUUCACUACCAUCUGCCGGUGCUGUUCGACUACUUCCAUCUGGCGGCCAUCAGUGUGGGCAUCCACGCCAGCCUCGUGGCCCUUCAUCAGCCGUACAUCAAGAAAAGCGUGUUCUCGUACAUGAAAUUCUGUGCCCCUCGCAGUUCGAAGCCGUGGAGUGCGGGCAAGCUGAGCUGCAGGGGAAACACUUCGCCAGGACCCUUGGAGGCGGUGUUCUUCGGACCCCAGAUCGGCGGGACGACCAAGUGCAGCGGAGGUCCUGCUGGCAGGCUGCUCCAGUCCAGAGCCAUUCAUCGCGAGAUCUGCAGCUUGCUGCUAGGUGCCAUUGAGCAACUGAAGGCCACUCUUAACGAGUUCAGCACUGUGCUACCUCCGAGCAUAAACUCCCAGAUUGGUUCACCGCCUCUGAGGGAGAAUGACACGGGAGAACGACUGCAACUGCUACUGGAUCAGGCCAAGCAGCUCGAGGCGGAGGAGGACUUCGCCAUUCGGGCCAACUCCGACAUAGCCCAACUGUGCGCGGAGAGCAUUUUCUGGUGGAGAAGGGUCCUCCUGGCCUCCAGAUCCUCGACAGCAGUGCACACCCUGCUGGCCAGGAAACACCACAUACUCCGGGUGCGAAGGUUCGCCGAGGGCUUCUUUGUGCUGGAGCAACCGCGGCAUGCAGCAGCAGCUGGUUGUCCGGACCAAUCCAAUGGGUCACCCUCACCCGGCCAUUGCCAGGGAUACGUGGCCAUAGCUGAGCUGGCCAGGAGGAGUCGCUAUCUGCAAUCCCUGCCGCCGCUUCCCGUUCAUUGCACCCCCAUCGACGGUGACGCCUCGUCCCUGCCGCUGAUCUUCGAGGAUCGCUACGUGACCACAAGCAGCACCUAUGCCAGGAGAAGAUCCGGUAGUGAUCCCCAGCUGGAAGACGCAGUCUCGGUGGUUGGCGUUCAGAAGAAAAAGGUGGACAAAACCCACUCAAGCAGCAGCUUAAAUGGCAUCAAAGACUGUUUGGCCUGCCACUUCGACUACGAUUACCCGCAGACCAAUGGCUCGGGCCCAGCUCAUCCGCACGCCAAGUGUGUGAUCACUCCGAGAUUCGCUUUGGGCGGGGAAGUGCUCCAGGCGAGUCUCACCAUUGCUCCCAGCAAGGAAGCAGCUCCGGAAGCCGUCGCUCCUCCCACACUGCGUCACAAUCUGUCCAGACACUCGGUGACCGGUUUGCUGGAGGAUCUCGAUCUGGAUUCCAGUGUGCCAGCGCGUCACAGCAAGUCCCUGGACCAGCUCGAUGGCUGUGAGGGACUAACCACAAAUCAAGUGAGCACGACCAACAACAACACUCUACCCCGACUCCAGGCGGACGAUCUGAUGAGGAACAUAUGUGAGUUUCGGCAGCGGUAUGGAAAGUUCGACUACCUUCACGAGAUCAAGCUGCUGAAUCCUCCCAAGCAACAGCAGCAGGCGGUGCCUCAGCAGCAGCAACAGUGCAACAAUGGUUACAACUCCCUGCCCAAGUCGAUGGUUCCACCGAGGAACUCUUAUCCACCACCUCCUCCUAGUCAGCAUACCACCAUGCCGAGGAGCAGCUCCUCGCAGAUACCUCGAGCCGUGGAGAUUGCCCGGGUGAGGGUUUCCGACAUCAAGGAGAUGUUGAGGCAGGGUCAGCUGCGGAAGGAGUCCAGCAGCUCAGAGAGCGACAUGAUGCAAAAGCUCCAGAUGCUGAGCUCGAACAGUGUUCCCUUCCGCUUGGAGGGAACCAGCAACAACAACACCACCAGCAGUGAUCCCAACACCAGUGGUUUCAGUGAAUCCCUGCCAAACUUGGCUCCGCCACCGGAAUUCGAUUCCGAUUCGCAGUUGAGGCGGCAGAGGAGCAACUCCACUUCGUCGCUGAGCGAGGAGAGUGGCUGGGUAAGCAGCCGAAGGAGUUCCCUUGCGAUUUCUAGUCCGGAUACCAUCACCAGUACGGGCAUGACCAAUCGGCAGAGACACACCCAGCUAAACUUGGGGAUGGGCAUGGCCAUGGAGACCCGCCUUAAUGGCGAGCAGCUGAGGUUACGCCUACAAAAGGUCCUGGAACAGCAGCAGCUUCAGCAGCAGCACCCCCACAAGACCCGGAAGAGGCAGGCAGGGACCUCCAGUCAGAGCAGGACUCCUGCCCGACAGCAGACUGAGGUACACAAGAAGAUCUCCUCGGUGACGGUGAAUAUCAAGCGGGAGCGCUCCCGUUACCAGCUGGAUAGACUACGACACCUGCCCAAUGGGGAGUCAACGGAGGUGGAGGAAAUGGAGCCACCUCCUAGGAGAAAUCGCCACAAGACUGCCUGCGAGAAGUCCAAGUCGGAUUUCGAUAUAACAAGUCUGAAGGACAUGCAACCGUUGGAUGCAGUGUGCUUGCCACCUCCUCAGCAGUUCCAGGAUCAAGAGCAGGAGUUGGCGCUAGUCCUGGCUCCGCCGCCACCCGAUGAGUUCCGCGAUCCGCCACCGGAGCCAGCUCCAGCAGCACCCAUAGCACCAGUACCUCCUCCUGCUGCUGCACUUCCCCCAACGGGAAAGACCAAAAUUGUCGCUUGCCAUCUGCCACCACCCCUAAAGGAACGCCAGCCCAUUGGAGCCAUUGAUAACCCAGUGUACCACAUCUACGAGUCACUGCGUCCCAUCUCCACGCCGGCCAUUUUCAGCAACAAGCCUGUUCUCAAAUCCCACAGCUUGGCGGAGUUGAAGAGGCCCCAAAACCUCCUCAAUCAUUCGAUCAACCACCAUUGCAAGACUCACGCCAUAAAUGGUAAUGGUAAUGGGCUGGAGAAUGGUCUGGAUCACGAACAGGACGAGAACAAGGAGAACUCCAACGGCCAAGUGAGGACGAACAAGCAGGGCCACGGUUCGAAUACCAACUCCAAGCACAAGCGCAAGGGCCAAGUGGCCUCCGCCGCGCAGGAGGCUCCUCCCAGCAUCUCCCUGCUGGAGUUCGAGAAGUACCGCGAGGAGUUCCGCAAGCAGAUCAAGUACCAGGGCAGCAUAUACUCCGACUACGUGCAGCUGGCCUCCGAACUGCCCUACUUCUACAUCAGCGACGAGUACCGCGCAUUCUCGCCCAAUGGGAUGCACCUGGUCAUCUGCGUCCACGGGCUGGAUGGCAACUCGGCGGACCUGCGACUGGUGCGCACCUAUCUGGAGCUGGGGUUGCCCGGAGUCAAUCUGGAGUUCCUCAUGUCGGAGAGGAACCAGGGAGACACCUUCUCGGACUUUGACACCAUGACUGAUCGGCUGGUUACCGAGAUACUCUACCAUAUCGAUAGCUGCGCCCUGAAUCCCGCUCGCAUUUCAUUCGUCGCCCAUUCGCUGGGAACGAUAAUUGUGCGGAGUGCUCUGGCCAGGCCCCAAAUGAGGCCGUUGCUCCCGCGACUGCACACCUUCCUCUCGCUCUCCGGACCCCACCUGGGAACACUAUACAACACGAGUGGGCUGGUGAACAUGGGAAUGUGGUUCAUGCAGAAGUGGAAGAAGUCCGGAUCCCUGCUGCAGCUCUGCAUGCGAGAUACCACCGAUAUGCGGAACAGUUUCCUCUACCGGCUGAGCCAAAGGAGCACCCUGCACCAUUUCAAGAACAUCCUGCUCUGUGGUUCUAGCCAGGAUCGGUAUGUCCCGGCGCACUCGGCUCGCUUGGAGCUUUGCAAGGCAGCCAUGAGGGAUAGCUCCUCGUUGGGUACCAUUUACAGGGAAAUGGUGCACAACAUAAUAGCUCCGAUUUUGGCCAGGCCCGAACUGACUUUGGCCCGUUUCGAUGUCCACCACGCUCUGCCCCACACGGCCAACACUUUGAUCGGUCGAGCGGCGCACAUUGCUGUCCUGGACUCGGAGUUGUUUAUUGAGAAGUUUAUGCUGAUCGCAGGGCUGAAGUACUUCAGUUAACCAGGUCACUGAAGAGUCCUGAAAAGUCUUUAGAGGAGUCCUGGCGAAUAAAUCAAGUACUAAACACAGUCGGAAGAUUCAACUACCAAUUAAUUUUAUAUAUUAAAAAAAGAGAUUAUUUUCUUAUAAGUAUGUAAUUAUAGCAUGUUUUUAUAGUUUAAAAGCUUAUGUUUCAUUUUGUUUCUUCGUUUUGUCAAGAGUUUUGUUUAGUUGCAAUCAAUGAUGUAAUUCUUUUGUUUCCCUCAAUUGUAUAUAUUGAAUGUUAAGACAUAUUCUCUGUAAAACUUAAAAUUUCUAACUUCUGUUUUGAACGCCGAACUUUUGAAUACACAGGGUACUCAUACAUAAUUCGAAGACAAAAAACGAACCAUAGUCAUCAGAUCAGCCAAAUAAUUCCAAUUGAUCAGCGAUUGGAACAAGGAAUUUAUUGAAGCAAAUCGUUAGACUUGAAUUUUUUACAAAUGCAACUCUUUUGUAGCGAAUUGAAUACACUCAGAUACGAACAAAUCAAAAACCAAAGAACGUUUAAUCAAAAACCUAUAACCAAAACCAAAGUCAGCAUAAUGUUGAAACACACGCGUUAAAGAUAAUUACAUUGUUAGCUGUAAGAGUUGAACGCAUACAAAGCAAAAACAAAAGCCAAAGACAUCAUAAGUAGUGUUAAAUUCCAGUUCAAAACUAUACACGAGACUUUUUCGAAACGGUUGAAUUGCAAAUGGGAAGUGAACGAAAACAAGAACGAUCAUGUUAAGUAUACGUAAACUAUGGAUAGUAGUUGAGCACGGCAAGGCAAGGUUGCAUUUUGAUGACAGUAGCGAAAUAGUAUUAGAAAUUUUUAAGACUAAUCAAAACACAAACAGAGACAAAAUGGUUUUUUCCAAAUCUUUUUACUGCUAGACGAGAGAACAAAUUUAGAAGAACUAGAGAUAAAGUAGAGGUAGUGUUGAACUAGUCGAGUUGUUAGUAGUUGAGUGCAUUAUUGGAUCGUCAAUUAGGUGGAGAGCUGGACGAUGUAGAGGUUUGUUUGCAGAUUUAAACUUUUCAUUGGGGAACAAGAUCGGUAACGUAGCGUAGAGCAGUUAGGACAAAGAACUUUGCAAAUUUAUAGUCUAGUCUAAGCCAUAACUCUGUGUUUUCUGAGCUUUUUCCAAUUGCUGUUGUGAACUAUUACCAUUAGCGACCCUUCCAGAAAUGCAUUCUUUUUACGUGUAUAACCGUCCUAAAUGUUACUACUUUAUCAACUUGCUAUGACGAUAUACGAAGUGUGUAACUGGUUUUAAAAAUGUUUGUGUGCAUCUAAGAAUUGAAUGUGUGUUGAAAUGUUCCCUAGGGCACCACGAUUUUACUACAUGUAUUCGAUCUAAUUGUGCAAAUUUCCCUAAGUUGCAGUUUAAAUCUUUUCUUUACGAAUAAAAUAUGCUAAAAUCCAAUUUUAGUGGAACAUA